UAUGGAUAGUGUUAAGAAGGAACAUUCAUACACAUAUUGGGUUAAAAAUGAUCCAAAUCAUCCUAAAAUAGAUUGCUAACCAAAGAAAGUUGAAGACCCUACUUAAGUAUAACAAGUGCAAACAAUAGGAUCUUAAUGGAAUGUAUCAGGAACAUGGGAAGAGAAAAAAGUGCCUAUGAAUGAAAUUAAAAAAUCUUUAGAAAAUAUAGUAGGAGUAAGAAUUAUUAGUAAUGAUUAUUUAUAGAUGAAAAUUGGUUAAACCAAAAUUUCUGCAGUAGAAUCAGUAGAUGGGGAAGCUCAUCUUUAUUUGAGUAGAGGUAAAAUAAGAAUGGGUUAUCAUUUGAAAAUCACAUAUGCACUUGAAGAUGAUGGAUAAAUUAAAUACACAGACUUUACAGAUGAUGGGGAUAGAGAUGUAAGAAUUUAAUAUAUAUUAUUAAGUAUGUACUUGAAGAUGUUACAGAUGAAACAGUCAAACAUUAAAUUGAGGAUUUACAUUUGAGAACUAAAGAAUUUGUUGAAGUGUUUAAGAAUUGAU